UAUAGACACCGGUGUUGUGCAAUAUCUUCGUUCCUUCGAGAACAGCUUUGUAUAUUCGACCAAUCCUAAAUCUACACGAGGGAUUUCAUCACCCAAAAACAAUGAACGGAGAGAUUUUGUUUAUUCCCUGUUCAGUCGUUCUACAGGACAGACCUGACAGCAAUGGCUCUUGUCCUCAUCCUAUUGACUCUGGCAGUGGCUACUGUAACCACAGGAACAGAUGUCUAUUGUGAUGUUGAGAACAACGAGUUUUAUGUGGAGCAGUGGGGGCAGUGCAAAGAUUGUGACAGAUGUCCAGGGGGAUACGGGCUGGAUAUAAAGAGAAAUAUAAAUAUUGACCCAGUUCACGGAGCUCUCGGCUGUAGAGGGUGUGUUAAAUGUGUAGACGGUGAAACAUUUAGUUCUGUUAUCGGGUAUGACCAAUGUAAGAGUUGUACCGACUGUACGAGACAAGGGAAAAGUGUUGCCACACCCUGUACAAAAGAAAGGGAUACGGUCUGCAGCAGGAAUGUCUUACGUGUAACGAGGAAGAGCCAGACUCCUUUGCUUCACACAACAUCAAAACCAGUUUUUCUCAACAAUGGUGAUGACAACAGGGGUGAUCAGAACAAGGAACACAAUACGGAUUUUGACCCUUUACUUACAACAGUUGGGGUUGGGGUUGUUUUCAUCUUUGUUGUACCAUCAGCAGCGAUACUCGUUAUAAUAAGGAAAAGAUUAAUUUGUCGUAAACAAGAUUCGUCUAAGGUUGAAGACCUCGAAGAACAAGACAGACUCGACAAAAAAAAUGUUGAGAUUGAUCCACCUUCCUGUGAAACCGAAUCUGAAUUGGAUUUUGAAGCAAGACCUCUAACAGAAAGUGAAGAGAAUGAAACGAACAGGAAAAGAAAACUACUUUCUGAUGUUUCAAUUGAUAUUCCCGGGAACUUUUCUUAUGAUAAUGAUUUAGAGACAGACACAGAGGAACAGAUAUCAGACCCAAGGUUGAAUGAUGUUCCAUCUGACAAAGAAUUACAGAAUAUAUGUCCCGAUAUUGCUCACAGUAAUAUUUAUACCCGUCUUGGUCGAGAAUUGGGAGUUGAAGACAGUGAAAUAAAGAGAAUCAAAGAGGAACAGAAUGGCGAUCUUCAAGAAACAGCGUUUCAGACACUUAAGAAGUGGAGAGAACUGAAUGGAAAAUCAGCAACAAAGUCUAAACUUCAAUACGCACUCAAAAGAGUUGGAAUGGGUAACAUCUCUUUGAUUGAUGAUCGAUGAUAUGUAUCUUUCUUGAUUUGGUGAGAUAAAUACCUAUCCAAGGUAAGGAAGCGUAGGUGUCCAGAGGGUUGCGCAUCGUACAUGUUCAGGUGGUUGCUGAAGACAGAAUCUUCGCCCAAGCUCCAGAUGCGAGGAACAAGUUCUUCAAGAUGACGAACAGCGAUUUAGCAAGGACGUUUUGUUCAUGAUGUGUAAUAGGUCGCAGUGUACCUUACAUAAUAUGAUUGUAUAUAUCUUGAGAAG